ACUGAUCCGGACACGCAUGCGCGACGGCACAACAACAAAGUCGUACCGGCGAGAACCACGCACCUUCCGUCCUGGGACGUCCUGAAUGUGUUUUUUUCUCAAGAUUUCCUUCAAGAAAGCUACAGAGGGUCUUAAAAUUUCAAGGUAUCAUUCUGCUGGGUGGGGAGGAUGGGGAGCUGUUGUGACGAGAUUUCUUUAAAAUUAUCCUGGUACCGAUAGCGAAACGGCUGACGUCACCGAAAGCGGGACGGCUGACGUCACCGAUAGCGGGACGGCUGACGUCACCGAUAGCGGGACGGCUGACGUCACCGAUAGCGGGACGGCUGACGUCACCGAUAGCGGGACGGCUAACGUCAUCUUUAGUGAGACGGCUGACGUCACCGAUAGUGGGACGGCUGACGUCACCGAUAGCGGGACGGUUGUAACCUUUGUCGGGACGGCUGACGUCACAGAUAGUGGGACAGUUGUCACCUUUAGCGAGACGGCUGACGUCACCGAUAGCGGGACGGCUGACGUCACCCAAAGCAGAAAGGCUGACGUCAUGAAGACGUGUUGUGGGUGCUGUAGCCUCUACACAGGCGUCAUCAUCACUGCUAUCUACUUCAUGGUUUUCAACGCUGGCGUUGCAUUCUGGGAGUGGACGAAUAUAAACAGAUUACGUGAACUUAACUCUACUGCCGAUGAAGACCUCAUCACCCCAUCCAUCUAUGGCAUGUACUGUGAGAUCGCAGUGCUGGGAGUGGUGGGGCUUUUAUCCAUCGUGCUUCUCUUCACUAAUAUAUUGAACAAGCGGGCCGCCAUGUUCCUGUGGAUUUUCGGCGUCUCUGUACAGAUCAUCGUGGAGUUCUGGCUGGUCACCAUUAUGUACGUGUUCUUCCUGGAGAGGGAUAACUUAGCUAAACGUGUCGAGGAGACGGGCUACGGCACAUGCCUGUCACUACAGACCGUAGACUGGAAGCCGAUUCCCCUGAUCGACAACAAGAUUCUGUCCUUCAUCGGCGGCGGGUUCUCCCGGGGUAUUCUUCUCGUUAUCAAGUGCUACUGUCUCUUGUGUGUAUCGUGGCGGACGGGCGAGCUGAAGAGGAGACAGAAAUAUCUGGCGGAAAACCAGAUCCACUUCAGACCGGGUGGUGGUGACCCCUACACCGACCCGUACAUCUACAGAGGAACGGCACCGCCCAACUACGCCCCUCCCGGCCGUCCCGGGUACUUCAACUCACGCCCUCCACCGAGUAUUGAUGAAGAGUCGCCUCCAUCCUUCACCAGCGGCUCCGAAAUCAAGAUUCCCCGGCCGAAGGUCUACCGGUGACGUUUACCACCGCUUUGAUGACGUUCCUGUUGUUUUGAUGACGGUAGCCCCGUUUUGGUGACGGUGCCACCGUUUUGAUGACGGUGCCACCGUUUUGAUGACGGUAUGGCUGAUCGACCCUCUGUGGAAGUCUGUAGUGCAAGGUCUCCCUAGCCUUGGUCGGCAAGUGAUGAUGAUAGCUAUGAAUACAUUUUGUGAACGUAAUCAUACAUGUUACUUGUAUAAAUCUACGAUACUUAACAGUUUGUUUGAUGUAGCUAAGUGUAACGUUACACAAUAAAACACUGAACAGAAUGAGCACUACAAUUAAUCGUAACGGUACAGAAAAUAAAAAAAGAUAGGGCAUUCUAUCACGAUAGUUGUUCCGAUUUUGACCCCAAUGACUUGUUCUUCUCUUUCACAAUCUGUGUGUUGUUGUGACGUGUGUAACUGGCCUAUACAUGUUGGGUCAUUGAUUUUUUAAAUGAAAGAUCUCGACCUAACCAGGGAAAUGUAUUGAGCGAGAAUAGAAAGGAAAUUAUUUCCAUCAUGUGUAAAUACAAUUAGACCGUGGUGUAUAUAACGUUAUAGCGUUAUUGUGUAUACUGAUGUGAUAUUAUUAAUGUUUCGUGUUUGCCAAUGAAAUAUCGUGAUUCGUGUUGUUUGUAAUGUAAAUGUCUGUCGUUGUCCUGUAUUCAACCAAAGUCUAGUUCAUCAUGAGGUUAUUGUUGAAUCUUUGUGCAAUAAAGUAAAACAGUGACGUAA